AUGACUGGCUACAUGUCAGGCUAUAUGACUGGCUACAUGUCAGGCUAUAUGACUGGCUACAUGUCAGGCUACCUGUCAGGCUACAUGUCAGGCUACAUGUCAUGCUACAAGUCAGGCUACAUGUCUGGCUAUAUGACUGGCUACAUGUCAGGCUAUAUGACUGGCUACAUGUCAGGCUACCUGUCAGGCUACAUGUCAGGCUACAUGUCAGGCUACAUGUCAGGCUACAUGUCAGGCUAUAUGUCAGGCUACAUGUCAGGCUACAUGUCAGGCUACAUGUCUGGCUACAUGUCUGGCUACAUGCCAGGCUACCUGUCAGGCUACAUGUCAGGCUACAUGUCUGGCUACAUGUCUGCUAUAUGA